AUGGCAGGACACAGGCCCACGUUGAAGAAACCGAACAAGGGGUUUAAGAGCGGCCAUGCAUCCAAACGUGCGCUCAAAGCUGCCAGCAAAGGUAAAGUCGAGAAAGUCAAGAGCAACAACAAACGUGUUCAUGUUCCUAGCAAAUUGGAAAGAAAAAACCUAGCUAAUCAAUUGAAGCAUAAUAAAAUUGCCAAGACGCUUGAGGAACGUUCCUUGUUUGAUCAUGGUAAUGUCGAGAGAAUUGUGACAAUUAUUCCUUUGACGAGUAAUGUUUCUGGAGUGGAUAUUGCAAACAAAAUCCUCGGAUCGGUUGGCGAGGAAGGGUUGCAGAUUAAAGACACCUCGGGUGUCACCUCUGUGAGGGUCCAGAGGUUCAAAGCAGGCCUAAAAGUGAUCAUUCCAGACAUGAACAACGUCAUUGAUGUUCUUGAUUGUGCCAAGGUUGCCGACUUUGUUGUUUUUGGUUUGAGUGCUACCGAGGAGGUGAAUCCCGAGAUUGGCGAGCAGAUCAUUCGUGCGGCAGAAAGCCAAGGUAUUUCGAGCGUUUAUGGUGUUGUGCCGGAUUUGGUGAGUGCCUAUCCAAAGAGAAAUCUUCAACAGGACGUUCUCAAGUCGCUGACAUCUUUCUUUAAGCAUUUCUUCCCACAGACAGAAAGAUUAUUUGCGUUGGAAACGCAAAUGGAAUCAUUAAAUCUUUUGAGAUCUCUCUGCCAGAAAAAGCCAAAACAGAUCACAUGGAGAGAUAGCAGGGGAUACAUGGUUGCCGACAGCGUUGCUUGGGAAGCCGAAGGGCUGAUGGAAGGGCAUUUGAUUAUAGAAGGCACAGUCAGAGGCAUUGGCUUCCAUCCUGAUAGAUUGGUGUACUUACCGGAUCUAGGCGACUUUCCGGUGAGCCGGAUUGAGACUCUUGGAAAAGAGCCGGGCGUGUUUGUGCCAGGACCUGAGCGCGAGUCUCUGGAUCCCCUCCAGGAAGCCGAAGACCUGGAUGAGGAGGACAUGAUCAGUGACGAGGACGAUUGGGCCAUGGAUGCCGAGGACAACGAGGAAGAAGAGAAACCAGAAAAAAGGUUGCCAAAGGGCAUUUCCGAGUACCAGGCCAGAUGGAUGCACGAUGAAGACCUGGAAGAGUUGAUUGAGGAAAGAGGUCUGGAAAGUAACUCUGAAGAUCAGGAAUCCGACAUGGAGAGCGACGGCAUGAACGAGGACGCCGACUCGCACAUGGAUCUGGAACAGGAGGAAGAGGCCAGACAGCUGGAGGCAUACAAGAGAAGAGAACGCGAGGAGCUUGAAUUUCCAGACGAAUUCGAACUCCAUCCUGAGGAGUCUGCCGUCAAGAGGCUGGCCCGCUACCGUGGCGAAAAAUCGCUGGCCUCAGCCGACUGGGACUACGACGAGGUAGAUGACAGAACGCCUGAAAAUUGGAGCCGGUAUCUGAGAGUUAAAAAUUACAAGAGUACCAAGAACCGGAUUCUCAAACAGGCCAGAGCGGAGGUGGCUGUGAAAGCAGGACAAAAAUGCAAAAUAUACGUUUUGGUGCCGUCGCACAUCGUGGAGCGCGUCACAGACCCUGCCAAGAAACCGUUCGCCGUGUACUCGCUAUUGCCGAACGAGCACAAACUGUCUGUGUGCCAUUUUUCCGCACAAACAUGGGAAGACUACGAGGAGCCGAUCAAGUCCAAGGAUACCAUGAUUGUUCAGUACGGACCCAGACGGGUGCAAAUCAACCCGCUUUUCAGCCAGGCGACAAAAAAUGCCAACAAUGUGGCGAAGUUCCUCCGUUUUCUGCACAAAGGAUCCAUCUCGGUAGCCACUGCUGUGCUACCAGUAAGCUUCAGCAACUGUCCCGCCAUUUUCUUCAAAAACACAGAUUCCGGAACCAAAUUCAUUGCACAGGGAACCUUCCUCAACACAGACUACACUCGUAUCCUUGCCAAGAGAAUUGUUCUUACCGGAGAAAUAUUUAAAAUCCACAAGUCGGUCGUCACCGUCAGAUACAUGUUCUUCAACUCUCACGAUGUUCAGCACUACCAGCAUAUUCCGCUGUUCACGAAAAUGGGACGUUCUGGUUUGAUCAAAGAGUCUCUUGGUACACAUGGUUACUUCAAGGCCACAUUCGACGGCAAGCUGAACGCCCAGGACGUGGUGGCCAUGGCUCUUUACAAACGUGUCUGGCCUAAAGAAGCGAUUAUAUAA